AUGGAGGUUGAAGAUUUGAUGGAGGGCAAGAGAGAAACGGAGGACGAGGGUGCAAUUGAGCAAGACCAAGAUCGAGACUACAAUGAAUACCAACAACUCAAGAGAGGGCGAGAGGUGGAGAAGGCUAACAAAGGUCUCCUCAAACCCAACAAUGAUAUUAAAGUCUAUAGUUCACGUAGUUAUCGACUCAAUUGA